UGACCACCAUAUUAUACUGCCCGCAUUAUUAUUUCAAUCGACUAUGAAAACAGACUAUACCAUGAUACGGACGGUUCUCGCGUUGUCAGUCCUGUGUACCGUGGCGCAAUGUUCAGUCGAACAUGGAAAUGCAGUGUUGCCAGUAACGGCGGUGCAGGAAGGACCGGUACUAGCCGCCAGCUCCCAAUACUUUGAGAGGACAUUCAAUCGUUUAGUACUACCACCUCCAGCACUAGAACCUGUGAUUCCAGUAGCACCUUCACCUCCAGUGAUCGUCCAACCGGGUCCCAGUGCAGCUGUGCCUGUUGUACCAGUCCACCCUACUUUACCAGCUCCGGUGCAACCAAAUGUAGCAAUAGCAGUAGCGACUGCUCAUGCAGCGGCUCCAGUCGCCACUAUUCUACUUCCUCCAUAUCCCUUUGGCCCACCGCCGACAAUAGGUUUCAUACCACCUCAGCCACCAAUAAUUGUGCCCGAAGACGAUCGAAAAGAAUCUACAACUCAACCUACAACUAAAACUAAAAUGCAAACAACGCCAAGAGAUACAGAAUCGACCACUCCUCUGCCAGCGCCGUCAGAUAACAGCUUCGCGCAAGCUCUUCCUUCAAACGAAAAUGUUAAUUUCAGACAAUAUUACGCACCACCGGAAACUGCUGUCUUGCCACUGACUCCACCUAAACCGAAACCUCAGAAGCUGAAGACGUCAGUAGAAAUAGUGCCAGUGCCGUUACAAUACAUUGCUCCUCCGCCCUUAGUCCAGCAUGCACCGUUGAAAGCAGUUAAACAUGUACAUACUUUCGUCCCAUCGAAGAUUAUUAUCAGACCUGUAUCUGCUCCCUUAAUAAUAAGAACCGUCAGGAGGCCUGUACGUGUAAUAAGGCGAAAAGUACCCCUUACAGCCAGAAUUAGCAGUCCCCAAAAUCGUAGACCUACCCCUAGAGAUGUUGAACCUACAACAUUCAGCCCUUUCAUAAGGCCUAGUACUAAGCCACCGAGAGUAUAAUAAUAAUACACUUGCGCUGUCUCAUCGCACUUGUUAAAAUUACACAUGUAAAUAUGAUUAGUGAUACUUACCUUAUGUAAAUAAAUAUUUAUAUUUUUGUA